GCCGGUUUCACGUUCUCUAGCUCUCAAGCCACACAGUCGAAGCACUUAAGGCUUCACCUUGUCGGUCUUCUUGGGCAGCAAAACUGCCUGGAUGUUGGGCAGGACACCACCCUGAGCGAUGGUUACGCCACCGAGGAGCUUGUUCAACUCUUCGUCGUUUCGGAUGGCCAAUUGGAGAUGGCGUGGGAUGAUACGUGUCUUCUUGUUGUCACGAGCGGCGUUGCCAGCCAACUCGAGGACUUCAGCCGCCAGAUAUUCAAGAACAGCUGCCAGGUAAACAGGGGCACCAGCACCGACGCGUUCAGCGUAAUUACCCUUGCGGAGCAGACGAUGAACACGACCAACCGGGAACUGGAGACCAGCACGGGCUGACCUGGUUUUCGCCUUGGCUCGAGACUUUCCACCUUUUCCGCGUCCACCCAUUGUCAAUUAGAGCAGAGAAAC